CAAGGUUUAAAGUGAGAACUUUCUGCGGGCGGCGCCGAGCUGUACAGCCCCGCCGCCGCGUCGCUCCUGUCCCGCCGCAGCAGCCGCCGCUACCACCGCCUCCCCCGGGCGGGCCGUACAAUCCUCGGCAGUGUCCUGAGACUGUACGCCCGCCUCGGGGGCGACCCGGUCGAACCGGACCCCGCUCCUCGCCCGCGGAGCCCCGCGUCCCGCGGGCAGGUGCUGAGCGCGCCCCGGCCCGAGAGGCGGCGCAGGAGCCGGCAGCAGCCGCCGCGAUGACAGCUGACAAGGAGAAGAAAAGAAGCAGUUCCGAACGGAGGAAGGAGAAAUCAAGAGAUGCAGCAAGAUGCAGAAGAAGCAAAGAGACCGAGGUUUUCUAUGAGCUGGCACAUGAGCUGCCCCUGCCCCACAACAUCAGUUCCCACCUGGACAAGGCAUCCAUAAUGCGCCUGGCAAUCAGUUUCCUACGGACUCAUAAGCUUUUGUCUUCAGUAUGUGCUGACAAUGAGAAUGAACUAGAGGCAGACCAGCAGAUGGACAACUUGUACCUGAAAGCUUUGGAGGGAUUUAUUGCCGUGGUGACACAGGAUGGAGACAUGAUCUUUUUGUCAGAGAAUGUCAAUAAAUAUAUGGGUCUUACCCAGGUGGAACUCACUGGACACAGCAUUUUUGACUUCACUCAUCCAUGUGACCAUGAAGAAAUUCGAGAGAAUCUGAGUCUGAAAAAUGGUCCAGGCUUUGGAAAGAAAAGCAAAGAGAUGUCAACUGAGCGUGACUUCUUCAUGAGGAUGAAAUGCACUGUUACCAACAGAGGCAGAACUGUUAACCUCAAGUCUGCCACAUGGAAGGUUUUGCACUGCACUGGGCAAGUUAAAGUGUAUAACACUUGCCCUCCUCACACUCUGUGUGGGUAUAAGGAGCCUCUUCUCACCUGCCUUAUAAUAAUGUGCGAGCCUAUUCAGCACCCUUCAAACAUCGAUAUUCCCCUGGACAGCAAGACCUUCCUGAGUCGCCACAGCAUGGACAUGAAAUUCACCUACUGUGAUGACAGAAUAACAGAGUUGAUUGGAUAUCAUCCAGAGGAGCUGCUGGGUCGUUCAGCAUAUGAGUUCUACCAUGCCUUGGACUCGGAGAGUAUGACCAAGAGUCAUCAGAACUUGUGUACAAAAGGUCAAGUAGUUACGGGCCAGUACCGUAUGCUUGCCAAGCAUGGGGGAUACGUAUGGCUGGAGACCCAAGGAACAGUGAUUUACAACACCCGAAACCUGCAGCCCCAGUGCAUUGUCUGCGUCAACUACGUGCUGAGUGAAAUUGAGAAGAACGAUGUUGUGUUCUCCAUGGACCAAACAGAAUCACUCUUCAAGCCCCACCUGCUGACAAUGAACACUGCCUAUGACAGCAGCAUCCCUGUGACAGAGAAGAGUGACUUCUUGUUUACUAAGCUAAAGGAGGAACCAGAGGAACUUGCUCAGCUGGCACCAACACCUGGUGAUGCCAUUAUUUCCCUGGAUUUUGGAACACAGAAGUUUGAGGAAGCCCCUGCCUUCACCAAUGCUGUUUUGACACCAAACAAAGCAUGGCCAGUGGAAGUGAAAAGCCACCCUGCUCAAGGUGAAACACUGACGAUACCAUCCUUUACAAUGCCUCAGAUUGCACCUGGCAGCAGUACUCCAAGUGCAAGCAGCAACAGUAGCUGUUCCACGCCCAGCAGCCCAGGAGAUUAUUACAGUUCUGUGGAUGAAGACCUUAAGAUCGAGGUGAUUGAAAAACUUUUUGCCAUGGACACAGAAUCAAAAAGUCAGUGUACCUCCCAGACUGAUUUUAAUGAACUGGACCUUGAAACCUUGGCUCCUUACAUUCCUAUGGAUGGAGAAGAUUUCCAGCUCAGCCCCAUCUGCCAAGAAGAAAGUCCUCUCUCUGAAAGUGCACAAAAUACCCAGCAGCAUCUAAGUAGCAUGAGUACCAUCUUCCAACCCCUCGCUCCUACUUCACAGAAUCAGUUCCUCCCAGAGAAAUAUUGCCCACAGCUAUCGAAUGAAAAAAUUAACUCUGGUCAUGGGUCCCUGUCAUCGGCGUUCUUCAACAAUAUGAGUAGGUCAUCCCUGCCACCAUACCAUGACCAAGCCAGCACUCCCCUGUCUUCGAUGGGAGGAAGAUCAAACACCCAGUGGCCACCUGAUCCCCCAUUAGAAUAUGUUCCUGCAAAAUGGAGACUCAUGGAAAAAUACUCAGGAUCCAUAUCAAGUUCCCCCUCAGGUCCACCAAUAAUGGGCACUUCUCAGAGAGUGCCCAUAUAUAAAAAAAGGCCCCUUGAUGCUUUUGGACAACGAGGCAUAGAUGUAAACCCAGCAAGACUUGCUCUGUCUAACAGUUUGAAACUGAAGCGACAGCUGGAUUAUGAAGAACAAGCCUUGCAACAGCUGAGUGGGGGAGAUCCAUCUGUCAUUAACCCAACUCACUUAAUGUGGAAGAGAAUGAAAUUUCUCAAGGGGGAAAACUGUUCCUUGGUUACAGAAAAGAAGUCUCUCAGCACAGGUGUUCUUACUGAUGAAUUUUUCUGUAACUCGAGAGGUCUGAGCCAACCAAUGAAUCAACUGCAGCAACAGCAGCAUCAACCCACCUGUGACAGUCCGGGUGAGAAUCUGAAAGCAGGAGUGUUUCCCCCUCUGUUUUACAGUUCCCACUGUCAGGACUACAGUGUCCAGCCAGCUCAUAAAGCAUCAGGUAUGACCAGUCGCCUGCUGGGGCCCUCCUUUGAGCCCUACUUGCUGCCCGAGCUGACAAGAUAUGACUGUGAGGUGAACGUGCCCGUGUUGGGCAGCUCGAUGCUGCUGCAGGGCAGCGAACUGCUCCGAGCGCUGGACCAGGCGACCUGAGCGACCCCGCAAUAUUCCACGGCCUAUACUGUUCAAAACAGCUUCUGGUUUUAAAUAUAUUUUUGCAAGUAGACAAUUUCUAAUACCAGUACACUUUUACAGGAUUUUACUUAGAUAUUGAACCUGUCCACAUUACCAAAUAGUGGCCUUUUGAAGUUAUUCACUUUAUUAUUCAUAUUAAAGAAAUACAUCUACUGUAUUUUCUCUACUGCAAUUAAAGUGGUGUUUAGAGAGUUUGAUUACCCUCCCCUUAUCUCAUUACCUGUAAUUUAUAUUCUGAAUUUUUUUUCCGAAUUUCAUGCUAAUAAAAAGCUGUGGUAUAAAUGCCUCAUCAUGUGAUACUUUGGCUGCAGUACUGCAAAGAUAUAUUUUUAUUGCCAAAGAGGAAUGAAACAAAUUUGAUCUCCAACCACAGUUUUUUGUUGAUCUGCCAAAUUAAAAUCCUUUUGAGUCUU